AUGUAUGUGAAAUGGUUUGAUACAGUAAUGUUAUACUAUGUGAUUUUAGUGUAUUUAGUGAAUAUCACUUUUUGACAUUUUUAAAUUUCCCACCAGUUCCGUCCCCGUACGUCCUGACGUCGCAGGGAACGGAACCCGGAAGACAAAUGCCGGCAUCAGCCGGAGGACAUUGCCAGGAACGCUGCAGGGGGGACAUCGCGGGAGCACAGAACAAGGUAAGUGAUCGAGGGAUCCCGGAGCAACGCUGCAGGGUAUUCCCGAGUGUAGCUCAGGGUUACCGCUUGUGCUACACUCGGGAAUACCGCCAGGGAGGUUAAGCUA